CAUCACCGUAGCAACGCGUUGUGUCGCCAGAAAACGCACGUCGAUCGAUAAUUAUCGUGAUCCCUGUUUUCUAAAAAAUAUCCCUUCAUGAUUUGAUUUUCAUGUCAGAUCAGCUGUUGAAUGAAUGGAGAAAAGUCGAGGUGAAAGUUCGGUGAAGACUGAAGUGUUCUUAGCUAUACUGGCUCUUUUUAGUAUCCCCCCUCAAUUGUAAAUGAGCCACGUACCAUAUCAACUUGGUACCUUGAGAGUAAAUGAGAUUUGAUAUCGAAAAUGGCAAGCAAAUUGGAUUAUUUGAAACGCUACAUGUCGACGGAAGAUUGUGAGGGUGGAGGCAAAGCAAAAAAGAAAGUCCGUCGGAAAAAAGUGAAAGGAAUGGUUAUAGUAGACGAAGAUCUCACUGCCAGAUCAGCUGCUUUUGGAGGCGACUCUGACGGUGACCAGCCAAUUGUAGUCGUGGAAACCCAAGAUACAUCACCACCCCGAAGAAGGCAGCAUAAAAAGCAGGGCCGUAGUUCGGACAGUGGAGACGGUGGAGAUGCAUCUCCACCGCGAAAGCGGCGACAGCAGAUGGAAACCCAAGAUACAUCACCACCCCGAAGAAGGCAGCAUAAAAAGCAGGGCCUUAGUUCGGACAGUGGAGAUGCAUCUCCACCGCGAAAGCGGCGACAGCAGAUGGAAACCCAAGAUGCAUCACCACCCCGAAGAAGGCAGCAUAAAAAGCAGGGCCGUAGUUCGGACAGUGGAGACGGUGGAGAUGCAUCUCCACCACGAAAGCGGCGACAGCAGACGCAGGACACUCGGACGGCUACAGUAUUCCGUGAUAAGAAGACUGGCAAGAAGAUGGAUAUUGCCUUGGAAAAGAAGAAGAAACGCGAGGAGGAGGAUGUCAAGGCAGCAGAGCUGGAGAAGCAGAUGCAGUGGGGGAGAGGACUCGUUCAGAAGCAGCAGAUGGCGGACAAGGUCGAUGACAUGCUACACGAGAUGAGCAAGCCUCUGGCACGGUAUCGAGAUGACACUGACCUUGAUCGGAUGCUGCGUGACGAAGACAGAGAGGGAGACCCCAUGCUGGCAUUCAUGAAGAAGAAAAAGACGAAAGUCGACCCGACCAAGCCAGUUCGACCGGUGUGGCAGGGCCCGUUCCCUCCGAACCGCUACAACAUACGUCCUGGACAUCGCUGGGAUGGUGUUGAUCGCUCCAAUGGCUUUGAGAAGAAGUGCUUUGAGAUGAAGGCUAGGCAGAAAGCAACGGCAACGGAGGCAUACCAAUGGUCUGUGGAAGAUAUGUGAGACUUGCUGCAGCAGCUUGAGUUUUCUGUUUUUGUUUGCAGUUCAUUGAGUCUUUCGAGCGAUUCAAUCCACUUGGUGGUAGGUGGCGAAUUGAUGAACAGUCUGCAUGAGCUCCCAUAGCUCAGUCGGUUAGAGCGUCGUGCUAAUAACGCGAAUGUCGCAGGUUCGAGCCCUGCUGGGAGCACGCUCUUUUUUCUUUUUUUCUUUUUUUUAGAUCGGUUGUAAUUGAACUCAUCAAGUUGUCUGUUGAUCUGGACAGUUUUGAGAUGGUUGUAUUUUAUGCUUGGCUUUGACUUGUUGUUUAGUGUAGCGUCUCUUUUUGUUAGUGCACGGAUUUUAUUUUUCUCUCUAAGUGCAACGUGGUGGCUGGCUCCAUCAUGUUGCACCACUAGUACUGCCCUCCCCUGUACUGCCCUGCCCUGCCGGUCAGAUGGCUCUGUGUUGUUUGCGCUUGCUCCGUAGUGUAUGGCGGAGAUUGCGUCUCGUGUGCGUUCGUGUAUGCUUGCUUAUGCUUGAGUUUUACUCUGUAUCCACGCUAGUAUUAUAAAUUUUGGUCACGCCUGAAUGAUGAAAUCUUGAAUUUUCUGGACAAUCUA